CCAGGCAUGUGCCGCCUGUGCAGCCCCGCGCUUCGGACGAACACCACAGACUAAAGCGGAAAAGAUAGCUCCCCCAAAGCGAUGUGAAUCAGGAAACGUUGGAACGACACAAAGUUAAUUAGAAAUAGGAAGUGGACAGCAACGGGGAAAUACCACCGGACCUUAACCUCGUUUCGAGCCAUGGACACCAGCUGACACAUGCCCGCUGCAUGUAGUGCUACCCUAAAGUCUGCAGUCGACAGCGUACACAUGAAUUUGCUCUUCGGUAUCAAACGAAGUCAUCAAGGAAGCAACAUGGCGCUUCUCAUAUCACUAUGGAUCUUCCAGUGCCUCGCAACCAAUCACGCGACGUUAGGGGACGAAGAUACUUCACUGUCGUCUGCUGCUCUUGAGACCGAAGGCAUCGACAACAAGACGCUUCUCUACAACUACCCUUUCCAACCAGGCGUUCGUCAGAGAGGAACUCGCAGAAGGAAUAAUAAGGGACCACAGGGACGGAGUGGCCUGCUCGAUAUAGGCGAAGGGGACGACAUAGCGGAGCUGUAUACCGAUGGCCCGCUCUUGGACCCUUACGCGUGCCGCGUCAAAGUUGGGGGGAUUUACGUGGGCUGUCACGUGUCAUCGUCUGACUACACGCUGAAACUGAGCAUCAUGAAGCAGCAUUAUGGGACGCUUCCUGAAAUUGCUCUUCCUGAAGGAGCCGGCUCCUGUCAUUCGGCGAAGCUGAAGCGUGCCAUUGGUAUCGUAGCCGUCGUGGACUCGUGCUUCACACCUGUGUUCUAUACCCGCAAGCCCUACCACCUACAUAAUGUCAAAGGCCAAUUACGGUACAUUGUGCAAGAUCCGCCGCUGUACAAGCAGUGUGUUCAGGAGGCUAUUUGCACACCCAGGAGCCUCGUAUGCGAAGCACUCGUAUUCGCCCUCGACAUUCCCGACUGCCUUCCGCGCAUCUGCAUCCGGACCCUGCUAGCAUUUGACCCGCUCAAUCCGGAUGCGGGCCUGUUCGCCGACGAAUUUCCCACAAAAUGCGACUGCAACUGCUUCGGAAGCUAUCCAAGUUUUCGGAGGCCCAUCAUAACCCCUAGCAAACCCUUUCCACGUCUUCCAGAACGUCUUCCGGAACGUGUUCCAGAGACUCCGUUCCCGCAAGAUGAUUACGAUGAAGGAUACCCAGGGGGCGAAGGAGACGACAGAUUUGGCCAAGAAGAUUUCUACCCAGCAAGAAGGUAUCCUGGAAACGGGAAGAGCAGUCGCAUCCCUACGUAUACGGACGCGUUCAAGCCGUUUCGAGAUGCAGCACGUAGGAGGGCAUCUAAGAGAAAUAAGCCUUUACCUGCAUUACCAUCAGUUUACCUUCCUGGGCAGUUGGGGGUUGAAUACAUAAAUCCUAUCGAAAUUAAAUAAAAAAUGUAUUUCAAAGAGAAGGCAUCAAACUAACUGUGAUUUCAAAAUGAACGACAGAAAAGCAGCUAGAACAAGUAUGUGUCGUACAUUAAAUUUAUUUUAUAUUGUC